UCCCCUGCACUGAACUCCUUCAACUCUCCAGUUUUUUGCUUAUGUACACUCUGUGGUUUAGAACAGUUCCGUGACGUCAGCCUAGCCCCUCCUUCUCUUCAGCGGAACCGAGAGGGAAAUGGAGGAGUAUGCACGAGAACCAUGCCCGUGGAGGAUCGUGGACGACUGUGGAGGGGCCUUCACCAUGGGCACCAUUGGAGGGGGGAUCUUCCAGGCCGUCAAAGGCUUUAGAAACUCACCAGCUGGGAUGAACCACAGAUUGCGUGGGAGCAUGACAGCCAUCAAGACCAGGGCUCCUCAGCUUGGAGGCAGUUUCGCGGUGUGGGGGGGCCUCUUCUCCAUGAUCGACUGCGGGCUGGUGAAGGUGCGGGGGAAGGAGGACCCCUGGAACUCCAUCACCAGCGGAGCCAUGACCGGGGCCAUCCUGGCCGCUAGAAAUGGGCCUGUUGCCAUGGUGGGCUCCGCGGCGAUGGGAGGAAUCCUGCUGGCCUUGAUAGAGGGAGCGGGAAUCCUGCUCACCAGAUUUGCCUCCUCGCAGUUCCCCACAGGCCCCCAGUUUCCCGAGGACCCGGCCCCGAUGCCUGCCCCCACCUUCGGAGAAUACAGACAGUAUCAGUGAGGGGAAUCCUGCCCUCCCUCUCUCCUAGGAUUUUUAAAAUACCUCCACGACCUCGCGUUUCCAGUGCCGACUCAAAUGGACGCCGGGAACUUCGGCAGAAGGAACUCUCUCCGGUGCAACCCAACUUUAAGGGUUACAUUUUUUACUUACUGUUUUUUUUUCUGAACCAUCAAUGCCAUCUGUUGAAUAGCCUUAUCUGUUGCAUGUUCUCCAGGAUCAAUUUGCAAAUGUUGGUGAUCAGUAUGAAA